CACUUGUAUUCCCCCAACAACACCUAACACCAUAAAUUUCUUCUCCUUCUAUCGGAUUCUCCUCGCCGGCUACCUUCUACAUCCGGUGACUACCCCAUGCUUCUGCAUUUGUGAAUUUAGCUUCAUCUCUUUAUUGUCUGGAACCAGUUUGAAUCUGAAGCUUGAAGAGGUUCUGGUAUUUGCAGCUAUGGUGGUGGAGGGGAAUUUUUGUGGAUUGUACUUCAAUUUUUUGUGAGAUUUUUUGGGUUUCGAAGCCUUGAGCUUGCUUUGUCUUUUGUUGUUGGGUGUAUAUGUGGCUGUGAUUGUUGUUGUUGGGUUUGUUUUUUCUUACUGGUGUACAGUAGCCAAGAUUAGGGUUUCGAAAAGGAAAAACCCUAGCUCUGUUGGUUUGUUGUUGUAAAUUUGUUUUGGAAUUGGGGCCAGCAUGUUAGGGUUUCGAGGCUCAAACUUGCUUGCUGAGCUGUAAUUUGUUGUUGCUGUCGUUGUUUACAAGAUUGGAGCAUUUGUUGUGUACUUAGUCACAUAAUGAAGAGAUUGACAUCGAGUGACGAUCUUGAUUCGUAUAGUGAGAAGCUCGCCUCCAAAGAGUCGAACCCGAAUCGGUCAUCUUCUUCACAUCGGAGCUUCUACUAUAAAUCUGAUAAUGCACGGAAGAAUCUGAUGUCUUCAUCUUCAUCCUCAGGCAGGUACAAUCGCAGUGGGGAUGAUGAUGAUCGUCCUAUACGUAAGCGAUCUAAUCAUGAAUUUGAUGGCUUUGAUCGGAGGAAAGGGUUUGAUAGAUACAGCAGUUGCAGUAGAGAUGGGUAUAGUGGCGAUGGAGGUGGUGGAGAUAGGGUAAUUCACCGCUCAGAGAGUUUCUCUGUUCCUCGAAGGGAGUUCCCAAAGGGGUUUAGAUCCGAGAGGGAUCGUUCAAGGCGAGAGGGAAGUGUCUCCUCAUGGCGAAGAUUUGGUUAUGGUGGUAGAGGUUCUGAUAGUAAAGAAUUCAGUGCAGGCAGCAAGGAGUUGGAGGAGAGGGGAGGAGGAAGUAGUGGUGUAAGGUCGCCGAUGGGAUCCAGGGAUAUGUUGAAGUCGCCGAGCUGGUCAAGGGAUUCAGGGAGUGAGCAAUCGAAGGCCAGGGGGGUCUGGGAGUGGAAGGGAAAUGAGAGCGAGAGGGAGAGGGUGAAGGAGAGGUCGCCCACAUGGUCAAAGGAUUCAGGGUGUGAGCAGUCUAGGAGUGUGGAAAUGAAGAAGACCAAAGUAGAGUGGAAGGGCAACAGUGGGAUUAGUAGUGAGAUGGAAGAGGGGGAACUUGAACCAGAACCCAAAUCAUCUUUUCAAGGUUGUACUGAUGAUGAAAAUGACAAUGAGAUCAAAGGUAGAAAAGAUGAUGGGUUGGAUGCUGAUCCUAGUGAGGCUGAGGAUGUUCAGAGUGAAUUAAGGGUUGAGGAGACCGAUAAAAUUGUGGAAGGCGUAGAGGAAGAGACAAAAGAAGGAGAUCCUUUCAAGAUGAAAGAUGUGGUGGAUGAUUGUGAUAAGGUAAAUGAGUUUGAGAAGAACUUAGAUGAUGAGUCUGCCGGUGGUCAUGAUGAUAUUGGAGUUGCAACCGCUGAUGCCAAGGAACAAGAGGAGGAGGAAGAUGGUUUAAAGCAGAGUAAUGAAUGUAAGGUGGAAGAUAAUUUAAAGAAGAGUAGUGAUUCUCUGGAAGAAACAAGAAAUGGUACGUUUGCUGAUAAAUCAUAUGAUUUGGAGGGGGAAAGUAAGCAAGACAAGGGAAUUGAUCUUGAGGCAGAGGUAGAGAUGGAGGAUGUUGAAAUGCCAAAUUCAAAUGAGGAAAAUGCUACAGAGCUUGAAGUGAAUACCAAUGUUGCAUCAGAAGGUUCUGAGCAGAAUGUUAAAGACAAAGGCAAAAGCGUGGGUGUCACACCUCUCCGUGUUGUUGAUUAUGUGGAAGACAAUGUAUGGAUGGGAAGAGAAUCAAGAGAUGCAAUACCUUUCAGGGAUGAUGACAUGGAAGGGCCGAGUACAAGGGGAUUUGAAUUGUUUUCUAGUUCGCUUGUUCGAAGAGCUGAGAAAGCUGACCAAGCAGUGGAUGUUAAGCAGAGAGAUGACAAGUUAACACUUGAGCCACUUGAUCUUUCUCUUAGCUUGCCAAAUGUUUUAUUACCUAUUGGCGCAUCAAGAGAUUCAAACGUGGCUCCCAGUUCCCCUAGUCAUGCAAGGAGUGUUCAGUCCUUAACUAACACAUUUCAUACAUAUUCUGAUGGGUUUACUGCAUCAAUGUCUUUUUCAGGUUCUCAGUCAUUUUAUCACAACCCAAGCUGUUCGUUGACUCAGAAUUCAUUGGACAAUUAUGAACAAUCAGUCCAUAGCCGCCCUAUAUUUCAGGGAAUUGAUCAACUAUCUCAAGGUGCUUGGCAGGGACUGUCUCAGAAUGAUUCAAGGCAUAAAGAAGUUCCUUUGUAUCAAAGAAUCCUAAUGAACGGUAAUAGCUCUCUUCAACAGUCUCAACCUUUACAGGGUAUUUCAAAUGGUCAGCCUAGGCAGGCAAGCUCGAAGAUGCCCAAUGGACUGGAGAGGCAGUUGAGUUUUCAUAAACAGCUGUCAGGAGGACAACCUAAGUAUCAGGACGAUGUUAAAUCCCCUUCGCACAGUGUAGGAUCUCACGAAAUUGUCUCCAACUAUAGUUUCGAAAAGAAGAGAUCAGUGAGAGAGAAGCAUAGCGGUAACUUGUAUAGAACAAGUAGCCAGAAGGAACAAGAGCAAUUUCUUAUUGGUGGGGCUGCGUUUGUGGAGACAAUCAUUAGCAGGAUAGUUUCUGAACCUGUUCACUUGAUGGCAAGAAAGUUUCACGAAAUGACGGGACAAUCCGUGUCACGUCUAAAAGAGAGCAUUCGUGAAAUCAUGUUUAGUGCAGAGAAGCAUGGACAACUAGAUGCAGUUCAGAAUGCACUGCAGAAUAGGUCUGACUUAACCUUGGAGAUGUUAUUAAAAUCCCACCGUUCACAGUUGGAAAUCUUGGUUGCUUUGAAAACUGGUCUACCGGAGUAUCUUCAGCUAGACAGCAGUGUUUCAUCUUCUGAUAUAGCUGAGAUCUUUCUCAACUUAAAAUGCAGAAAUCAAUCUUGUAGGAAUCCUUUGCCAGUGGACGAAUGUGAUUGCAAAGUUUGCGUGAAGAAAAAUGGUUUUUGCAGUGCUUGUAUGUGUCUUAUUUGUUCAAAGUUUGACAUGGCAUCUAACACAUGUAGUUGGGUUGGGUGUGAUGUCUGUCUACAUUGGUGCCAUGUGGACUGUGCACUGCGGGAGUCUUUUAUUAGAAAUGGGCGGAGUGCAACUGGGGCUCAAGGGACAACUGAGAUGCAGUUCCAUUGUGUGGCUUGUGAUCUUCCUUCUGAAAUGUUUGGUUUUGUGAAGGAGGUUUUUCUAAAUUUUUCUAAGGAUUGGACUAUGGAAACAUUUUGUGAGGAACUUGAAUAUGUCAAGAGGAUUUUUCGUGGAAGCAAGGAUGUGAGAGGUAAACGGCUGCAUGAAAUUGCUCACCAGAUUCUGGCAAGAUUGGUUGCUAAUAAGUCUGACCUUCCUGAGGUUUAUAGUAAUCUCAUGAGUUUCCUGACUGAAACUGAUUCUUCAAAGUUCAAGGAUACAACAUUCUCGAUGAAGGAACAAGUGAAAGCAAGUAAUGGGAUUGCAGGGCCCAGCCAGGACAGUGGUUGGCUUAAGUCUGUUCGUAUGGAAAAAGCUCCUCAGUUGGAACGGUCAGGCAGCCUAAUUCCAAGCCACUAUGAUGACAGGAAUGAAAAGCGCCCUCUGGAGUCGGAGUUGAUGAGAAGCAUCCAAAAGGAACCGGUUUUUGAUGAACUGGAGAGCGUUGUGAGAAUUAAGCAAGCAGAGGCUAAGAUGUUCCAAGCACGUGCUGAUGAUGCAAGAAGAGAAGCAGAGGGCUUGAAACGUAUUGCAAUUGCAAAGAAUGAAAAGACUGAGGAAGAGUAUGCAAGUAGAAUUGCAAAAUUGCGUCUAGACGAGUCUGAGGAAACGCGUAAAGAGAAAUUUGAGGAAUUUCAGGCUUUGGAAAGGGCACAUCGAGAAUACUUCAAUAUGAAGAUGAGAAUGGAAGCAGAUAUCAAAGAUCUAUUAAUGAAAAUGGAAUCUACUAGACGGAAUUUCACAAUGUGAUUGGCUGAUCAACUGGGUUCUUGAUUAAAAUGUUCAUCAUGACAGGUAGUUCUUACUGCUGCACAUUGUAUGUUGUACUAUAACUUGUUGGUUCCUGUUUGUUCUAGCGUUUUAAUAUAGUUAUUUCUUUCUUUUCUUCAAUCUUUCUAGUUUCCGUCUUCCGUUUGCCUCUUUUGUGCUGCUUAACCUGAAUCUGUACAGGAACUAUAAAAUCUGUUUACGUUACAAACAGGUUCCGUUAAUGGAAGCAAGCCAUUUGAAAGAGAUGAUAAA